CCCACAGCCGGGGUACAGCCACACAGCCGGGAUACGGCCCCACAGCCGGGAUACGGCCCCACAGCCGGGAUACAGCUCCGGGCACGUGACCUCAGCCCGAGGUUUUCUGUGAGGUUUGCACCGACCAGGAACCGGGCGGAGAGCUCGCCGGGGUCUCCCGAAGGCACGGCAGCCUGCAGCAAGUCCCCGGGAGGGAAUCCCCCUCCCACUCUGGAGAUCUCUUGGCCCAUGGCACUGCCAGAUACAACGUGAAUCUAGAAGAGAACCUUUAGCCUACCUGGCCCUUUUCACAAUAUAUACCGGCGUGCUUUCUCCGUCUUACUACUCUCCAUUUUAUUUCUAAUCCUGUGAGACAGUGCUGAUCCCAGAGCUCAGGAGAAAGCGGGAGAGGUCAGGACACUGCAUACUUGAGACAGGGAUUCAAGCUGGGGCAUGCUGUUCAGAGGGGACAAGUGAAUGCCGACUUCCAAGACCUUUAGAAAACAGGCACGUUCUCAUCAACGUUUGGGUGGUGCUGUCCGAAAUGCCCGCUUGCCUGUCCCAGGGAGAGGCUUCCAGAGGGACCGUCCUGCGCCUGCAGAGCCGCUGAGCGCCCAUCCGCCAGCCCUGGGAGGGUCCCCCAGGGCCCUGCCGGCAUCCCGGGUCUCCCAUCUUCUUCUGGACAUCCCGUUUUUAACCCUCAGCAUGUGUCGCGCUCACGGUGCAGGAUGAGGCUCGGGGGCGCGGUUCGAUGGGGAGCCGUCCCGCAGCCGCGCCUGUACCGGGACAGUCCCGGCCCCCCCGUACCCUGGGGGCUCAGCCACCCAGCCACGCACGGGGCUCGGCGGAGCUUACUGGGGACACUGGGCGCUCCGGGCGGCACAAAGCCUGGAGAGCCCGCCGGGGGUGCGCGGGGGCGGCGGUGACAUCCGCGCACACCCCGCGGCCGUACGAGGAGGCGGUGCUGCCUCCCCCGCUCUGUGCCGCAGGCGCGGGCAGCGCUCCACCGCCCACGGGCGGGUGCGGGGGUCUCCCCGCCGGGCCGGGGCCGGUGCUGCGGGAAGGGCGGGACGCGGGCCCGAACUUGCGGCACCCCCGGGACCCCCCGCUCUGCUCGGGGGUGGGGGCGGGGGGUGCAGGCGCGCGCUCUCGGGCGGGGCCGCCGCCGGCUCUGGGCGUGACCGCGGGGUGGGGGAAGUGA